AAGGAGACGGUGCCUCCCGGGGAGCCGGCGUCCGACCUCUCCCGGGGCUCCCUGCCCGCGGCUCGCAGCCAGGCACGGCCCCCGCCCCGCACCGCCUCCCCUCGGGUGCCUCCCCGCAGGCACCCCCUCAAACUUUCCGCGGCAGCCUGCGCAAGCUCUCCCUCCCCGCCGGGGGGAAAACGUGCUCUCGGCUCCCUCCGUGCAGCGGGGACGGGGAGGCGGGCAGCCUGCCUCCCUCCUCCCCCCCCCUCGCCCCGGCUCGCCCGCCCGCGGAAGCCUCGCCGAGGCUCCCGCAUUGCACCGCCGCGCCGGGGCUCGGCGCUGCCCACCCGCGCCCCCGUCCCCGGCUGGCGGUAUGAGCGCCGGCGAGGCGAAGGAGUAUCUGGCCCGCAGGGAGAUCCCGCAGCUUUUCGAGAGUCUGUUGAAUGGAUUAAUGUGUUACAAACCCGAUGACCCAAUUGAAUAUUUGGAAAGCUGCUUGCAGAAAGUGAAAGAGCUUGGAGGGUCAGAAAAAGUGAAAUGGGACACUUUUGUCAGCCCAGAAAAGAAGACCCUACCUCCACUCAAUGGAGGGCAAUCCAGGAGGUCUUUUUUCAGGAAUGUGAUGCCUGAUAAUUCUAACUUCCCAUAUCGACGGUAUGACCGACUCCCGCCAAUCCAACAGUUUUCGAUAGAAAGUGACACCGACCUCUCUGAAACUGCUGAGCUAAUUGAGGAGUACGAUGUAUUUGAUCCUGCAAGACCUCGACCAAAAGUUAUCCUUGUCAUAGGUGGCCCAGGAAGUGGUAAAGGAACACAGAGUCUGAAAAUAGCAGAACGUUAUGGAUUUAACUACAUCUCAGUUGGUGAAUUGUUAAGGAAGAAGAUCCACAGCACAAGCAGCAAUAGAAAAUGGAGUCUAAUUGCCAAAAUAAUUACUACUGGAGAACUGGCCCCUCAGGAAACAACCAUAACUGAGAUAAAGCAGAGAUUAAUGCAGAUCCCUGAUGAAGAGGGUAUAGUGAUUGACGGAUUUCCCAGAGAUGUUGCCCAGGCAAUCUCCUUUGAGGACCAAAUCUGUACGCCAGAUUUGGUGGUGUUUCUGGCAUGUUCCAGUCAAAGGCUGAAAGAAAGGUUACUGAAGCGUGCUGAACAGCAAGGGAGACCUGAUGAUAACCUGAAAGCCACUCAAAGACGACUAAUGAAUUUCAAGCAGAAUGCCGUCCCGUUGGUUAAAUAUUUCCAGGAAAAAGGGCUAAUCAUCACAUUUGAUGCAGACAGAGAUGAAGAAGAAGUAUUCUUUGACAUAAGUUCGGCAGUUGACAAUAAACUAUUUGCAAACAAAGAGGUUGCAGCAGGGCCAAAUGAACUCGAUUGUGGUCUGAUUAUGGAUUCUGGAGAUACUGUUUAUACAGAAUUUGACUUUGAAGACCAGGAGGAGGAUCAGUCAAGUUUUUCUGGUUAUGAGAGCACAGGAGACUUUUCAGAAGAUCUGAGGAAAUCAAACAUAAUUUUUGUAAUCGGUGGCCCUGGCUCUGGCAAAGGUAGCCAAUGUGAACAGUUAGCCAAGAAAUAUGGAUUUACUCACCUGUCCACUGGUGACCUUCUUCAAAAUGAGUUAUCGUCAUUAUCAGAGAGAAGUAAAUUGAUCAAAGACAUCAUGGAAUGUGGUGAACCUGUGCCUGGCGGUAUUGUCGUAGAGCUACUGAAGGAAGUCAUGGUUUCCAAGUUAGGGGACACAAAAGGAUUCCUGAUCGAUGGGUAUCCCCAGGAGCUGAAAGAGGCAGAAGAGUUUGAGAGCAAGAUUGGGGAACCAAAACUUGUGUUCUGCCUGGACUGCUCUGCAGAAACCAUGAGCAGUCGCCUUCUGAUGCGUAGUGAGAGCAGUCAGCACUCUGAUAACGCCAAAACCAUCAAGGAAGGAAUCGAAAGCUAUUACGAAGCAUCAAAGCCUGUGAUUGCAUACUAUGAAAGCAAGACACAGUUAUGCAAGGUUGAUGCAGAAGGAACGCAGGAGGAUGUUUUUCUGGAAAUCUGCAAGACAAUUGACUCUUUUCUGAAAAAGGAAGAGGCAGCAAUUUCUUUUUCAACGGAAACGCCAUAACGGCGUGUUACAGCCUCACCUCACGUGCACUUGACAGUCACGGUGACAGCGCUGCUCAAAGCAAUACUGCUUUCUUGAGAGGCGGCUGGAAUUUGUGCAUGUGGUAUGUUAUUUUAGAUGAAAUCUGUUUUCUCUGUUCUGACAAUACACUCGGUAGGAAGCGGUCUGUACGCUAACUCUGCACUAAGAACUGUAUAUUGUGUUCUUGGUCGUUCAAAGCAGCAUGGGGAACAGCAGCUCUGGUUUGCAUUCCAUCACCUCAUACGUUCCAUUGGAAGUCAGACAGUGCCUGGCCAGCAGCGAGCUCUUCAGCCACAUCAUUCGCCAUUUGGCAUAUUAAGAAUACUGCACACAAGUUUCCCAUGGGUUAUUAUUUUCUUUUAAUUAACAGUAUGAAUUUCUGGGGUAUCACUUAGCUUGUUCCUGGGUUACACGCGGCUCUAAGACAGCCGGAAUUACUCGAGCUAGAAGUUAAAAUAAACUUUUUACGUGUCCCCAGGACACCGUUACAGCCAGAAAAAUGACUUGAAGAUAGGGGUGAAUAUUGUGGAAGUCUGUCAGUCCCGUACGGUGGAGCAGACGCCAUUUCUGGGACAGCCUUGUCUUCUGCUGGGAAUCGUAGGGCAUUAUGAAUGACGGCUUCCCACUUUUGUGAGCUGAGGUGAAAAUAAUGAUUGUCUUGUAUAGUUAAAUGUGCAAUCCAGUAAUUAUGCAUAUUAACAGCGGUUUUACUGUACUAAUCAAAGUCUACAUUUAAAGUUGACUAUGAGCCAGAAUGUAUGAAGAUGUCUUUUAAGUCAUACUUUGGAAGUAUUUCAAAUGCAAAAUUCAGAUCAUCAUCUGUUGUCUUGUACGGGCAUUGCCAAAACUUUUUUUUUGGGGGGGGAAGGGGGGGAGGGGAAGGAAAAUGUCAGGGAUUAUUUGAUUCCUAUUGCUUGCAUCUUUAGUAAGCCAUUUAUAUCUGUAAUGUCUGCAAAAAAGUCUGUAAAAAUCAUACCAUAUUUCCAUUAGGUUAACCAAAAUAUUGUGGAGUUUUUUGGUAUUCUGAUAGCUAAAUAAAAGCUUGUUUGACAUUCCUGUAAAGUAAUUGCAUCCUUUUGUUGGAACUGCUGGAUGAAUUCACAGUCGAAGUGGGUUGCAUGAUUGCUCUUACUGUCAAAGUUGUACUUUAUGCGGCAGAUUUGUAUUUUUAAAGUUACCUUUCUUGUAAUGAAGACAUAAUACAAAUAAAACAUGUAAAAAAUGAGGAGUAAUGA